CUAACUCGUAACUGUGACGUCAUCCUGGAGUCGCUCUUGACAGUUGCAGGUUCCAAGAUGGCGUUUGCAGUAGGUCGGAUUCCUCUGCUUUUUUCAGCCGUUGGUUUCCCAAGAAGUACUAAUUUAUUACGUAAAAAGGUAGUGAGCAACACUGGCCCAGCACUGGCUCGUACGGCUGUGUGCUCAUCGACAGGAGCAAUUUUACCAAAGCCAGUAAAGACCUCAUUUGGCCUUGUUCGUAUGACUAUUAUUGUUGUGCCCUUCCUGUACCUCGGCACACAAAUCAGCAAGAGCUUUGCAGCCCUCUUGGAAGAGCAUGACAUAUUUGUUCCAGAAGAUGAUGACGACGAUGAUUAAGUGAUACCAUAUCUUGAAGUUACGUCAGGAGCAGGACCGUUUGGGACUGGCAGACCUCAAACUGCAAUGAAGUCUGGGCAGUAGAAAAUCCAAGUGGUGGUGAACUUUUGAAUUCUGAGCUCCCACUUGCCUGUUCACCUGACAAUCCAGCUACAGUUUUAUUGAAGACAAAUGGGUGUGUAAAAGUCUACGCAAACAAAUUGGAAAUAUUGGAGUAGGGUUUUUUUUUUUUUUUUCCUCCUCUAGAAGGGGAACGAAAGAGGGAUGUCCCCACAAAAAUAAUCUGCAGAUUAUGUACAUUUAUAAAUCCAGGAAUUAUGUUUUCCAUUGAACCAUUUAUUUAUCUAAUCAUGAUGAUUGCGUCAUCUUUGUGGAAAUAAUCAUGUUAGAUGUUUGUUCUGUGCUGCUUCAACUGUAUUUUCUUUUUAUUUUAAACCAGAUUUAAAAGUGUAGUUGUUGUUUAAAAUCAAAGGCAUUAUCUCAUUUUGUGGAUGGUUUCAUUUCUCAAACUCACAUCAUUUUCAGUUUAUUUCAUAUGUCAUGCACACAUAAGCAUUUUUUGAUUUUCUUCUGAAAACCUUUAGUGACUGGCUGUAAGUGAUAUUUCAGUACCUUACAUUUCUGUUGUAAACUUAUUUCUUGUUUGCUAAUGAACUCCAUAGCAUUCUUUAAAGCACUACAUGAAAACUGCAGUUUUCCCUUAAUAUUCUGAGCAGAAUUUAAAUACCCAAGUCUUGACGUUACUACUUGACCUAUACAGCUGUAUGGCACAGUCAGUUCCCAGAGAAAAAUCUCAGUUUUAAAUCUGGAUAGUAUCAACGUGCAUGUCCUGUGUUAUCUGCCUGUUUUUCAGCUUUUAAUUUGGUAACUUUAAAUUAAAAUAUGUUUUGGAAUGGA